GAGCGGCUCAGUAUGGCGGUGGACGCGGGGGUGUGAGGAAGCGCUGUUCCUCCGCUCGGACCGCAUAACGUUGCGCUCGGUCUUGGUAUUUUACAGUUUGUUCUAACGGUGCUCAGUAACACUCCUAGCGGCAUUGAAUAGCAGCUGAGACGUCCUGGAGCGCCUACAGUUUAACCGUUUAUACGUAUGCGAGGCAGAAGCAUAUAUUUAGUGAGUAAAUAAAGUGAAAUUCCAAGCGUCUCGUGACAAUAGAGACGAAACUCAUUUCCUUCAGUGUUGACAGCGAUAAACUCCAGAAGUGACUCGAGUGAACAAUCAAACGCCAAGCUUUCCAGGCGAUCGGGGGCAAAGUGUCUGGCGAAGCGUCCGGGUCGCCACAGAGAGCAGGGGCUCGGGUGUGCUAAGGGAAGCGUAAAGCCUAAGACAAUUAGAAAAGUACUUCUUCCAACUCCCUCCGCCACGAGAAACGGACAGUGUAACAGUGUAUUGCCAUAUACAUCACAGUGACUGGACGAAGUGUACGUGCGUGGCGAGCAGGUGGGUCACAAGUUGCCAGAGGAUGUGGACGUCGGAGUAGAUAAGCUUUGGCUGGACCAGUGCUUCUCCGGAGUACCGAGGCAACACGAGGACACGUCAGCGAGGGGUUGGGUUCCUUCGAGACGUCACUGUGGCCACCCGGCUCAGGAGGGCGGCUCGGGAGAAACGGCCAGCUCGAAAUCAGCUCGUGUGUGGCUCUGAUCCAAUCCAGUUAUGAAACCACUUCCCACAAAGUGAUAUUGGGAAGUGAGAGUAAUUAGUCAACUGUGAAAUGCCUUUUGGCGAGCCUGAUUCUGUGAGACUCAAGAAAAUACAAAGUGUUCCUAAAUGCAAGAACGAAUAAGUUCAGGAAAAGUUACGGCAGCUCGCACGCCCCUUGGACCAACCACCAGGAUGCGCGGCACAGGACUGGUGGGGGGAGGCUACUGGGGUGGGGGAGCGACCGUGGAGGACGAGGAGGUAGAUGUCGAGGCCCAGUUCGCAGCCAUCACGCCGGGCACCCAGCACGCAGCCCAGCGCAGAGCGGGUGAGGCUGAAAAUGGCGGCGAAGGCAGCGGUUCCGACUCCCAGAGUGAGAGCGGAAUCAGCAGCAGCGGCGGCAGCAGCAUGAGCGUCGCCGGCAGAAAACGGAAGAAGACCAACCUGAGCGGGUCGACGGGGCCGUCGAGGCGCGGCAAAAAGAGAAGGUCCGGGAUUUCAGCCAGAGAGAGAAACCUGCGGCGGCUGGAGAGCAAUGAGAGGGAGCGGAUGAGGAUGCACUCGCUCAACAAGGCUUUCCAGGAGCUGCGCGAAGUCAUUCCCCACGUGAAAAUGGACCGACGGCUGAGUAAAAUCGAGACCUUAACUCUGGCGAAGCAUUACAUUAUGGCCUUGACCAACACCGUUUGUGAUAUGAGAGGCGACGAGAAACCUUACAAAUUUUUAGAUGCUUUCGUUAACCAAGAUGACAACCCAAAUGACGACAUUGGAGAAGACGCGGAGGACGAUGAAGAGGACGAAGACGAGGAAGAGGAAGAAAUGGAAGAAAUCAAUAACAAUGAAACUACACCCGUGUACUAGCAGCAAAGCGCCCAGAUUCCGUCGGAAACCCAAGCCAGCUGCGUCCCACGGGAGCCGCAGUCGGUCCGAUGGCUUACGGUUUCUCAGUCAUUAUGAAGGGAAUUGGAAAUACUGCGGGGUCGGGGCAUGGCAGUCCCCGUCACACACGACGAUUAUCUUUCACUCGGGACCAAGCAUUCCAUGUUACAAUGUUUUGUUGAAUGUAAUUGAGUAUGUUGAUGUAACUCUCGUGCCCCGACCCCAGUCCGAGAAUGUGCUUAGGUAAAUUAAUUAAAUAUUUAUAUAUUAUGGUUCUUCUGUUAAAUGUGGUUGCUGUUGAAUAUACACGAGGAUUUUGUGGCAGAAGGUUGCAAAAUACGCGUGACAUCCAUCUAACAGAAAGUGAUGCAGUGGACCAUGGCAAUUGUGCAAUACGGAUACUCAAGGUACCAAAUACUUUUUACACUUCGAAAGCAGUGGCAUCGUGUACCACAAGUUCUCUCAUUUUUAACUUCCUGCACAAAUAUGAAAUAUAGUGAGGCAGUGUCACAUUGUAGAAAUAAUGUUGUGAAUCAAAACUGUUGUCCAAACCCCCCCAAGAGUGAGCUCUAGUGAUUGUGAGGUGAAUAUGGUUUGAGAUGUAGUGCUGCUACAUUUAACUUUGUGUAAUUCUUUCGAUCCACUGUCAACUAAGAGAAAACCAGGAGAAAAAACUUAGUUAAGGAAUAAAGAAGAUUUUUUUUCUCAGAAAAGAAGAGAAAAAAAUGCGAUGAAUAGCAAAGUAUAUUAAUUUUGGCUGAUAUUCAGUUCAUCAUUGGAAGCUAUCGCAGGCUGCUCAAGUAGAGUUCAUUCAACAAGCAACGUCUUCCAUGAUUCCUUCCACAAACAGGCCCUUACAGUUUUCGACAGAUCCACGCUGCUGCUGUUUUCAGUAGCGAGCAAGAUAUUUUGGGACAUUUCACCUAAUACAAUUCAAAGCAUACAAUGCAUCGUAAUGAACAUGAUGACCUGAAUAUCCAAUUUACUUUUUGUACAGUUUCCUUCACUUCUUAUUUACCAGCCAUGACGUAGGUCCUGUUUGGCAGUUUAAUUUGACACUGAGGACCAAGUUACUUGUAAUUCAUUCCUUUAAUUUUUAAUAGCACUGCAUCACUGAUCUUAUUUUUAUUUUACUGUACUGUAUUAUGCAGUGGACUGUAUAGAGUUAUGGAAAAUUUAAAGGGAUUUCUUUGUCAGUGGUAGUGUGAAUAACUUUGAUAUUGUGUUUUGUUUUUUUAAAUAUUUUUGAUGGCUGCAAAAUGUUCCAUGGUCAAUCUUAGGCAAAAUAGCAGAUCCGUCUGUAGCAAAACCCAGUUCCAUGAAAUGGGAGAAUUCAUUUGAAUGAAGUAUACUACAAAAGAAAGCAAUCUGAUAUGCAUAAGUUCACAAUUCUGCCUUUUAACUGCAACAUAUGCACCAUCAAAGCACUGUAUCAAGUAGUAGAAUUCUUCAAGCAGUUUGAAAAUGUGCCUUACCGAUUUUUGUAUCCCAUGUCCGUUUGCCUCUUCACUGGUUGUGGGAGAUAUGCCUUUUGAAGUAUUAUGCUUUGUAGCAAACAAAUCUGCCUUUUUUUUUUUUUUUACAUGGUUGGCCAAUAGAAUAUUAUUCUGGUUAACUAGUUUCAGAAUAGCGUACGUGAGGGGUCUUUUGAAGUCGUAAUUUAAAUUGAUCAUUGACAUGGUAUAUCAGAAAAAAUAAUAAUUUUGUGUAUUUGGCCUUAGGUAUAUGGUUAUAGUUUCCCAUUCAGUUCAUUUCAGUCAGUCAUUCCUAUUUUUCAUCACAUCAUUUAUUUUCUCUUAGGUUCUGUUCAUUCCUUCCUUCAUUUCUGAAUGAUAAAGCAUGGCUGAAAUUGCCCUUCUAAAUUUCUAAAUCAUCACUGCAUGACCAUUGGACCACUUAGCUAUGAAAGUCACAGGCCAAUAUCAUUGCAAGCUCAAAGUUUUCAAAGUUUGACCCUUGUUUAGUCAUAAUUCCUUUAAAAGUGUUAAAUGGUGCCUUAGGAAAACCUUUUUUUAUACUUAAAGUAUGCACACAACAUCAUGACAGUAUUAAGUAGCUUCACACUAAAUCUUGCUCCUUCCAAAUCCACCUGCUUAGCAAUUGUGUCCGGCUUGAAUAACGAGUUUUGUUUUCAUAUUUAAUUUUCAGCAUGAGUGGAAAAUGUGCACACACAGAGUUCUUACAAGUGAAACAAUUUCCAAUAAACCCUGUUAAAAUCCAAAUUUGGUGGAAGGCAUAUAUUCUUUAUUUUAUUAAAAUCUAUUAAAUGCUCUGUAUCAUGUCUGGAAAAAGUAUGGGUCUGAACUUGGAAAUUGGACAGUCAUUGUAUAUGAGAGUAAUAUAUAUUUUAUUGUUUAUGUUCUUUGCCUUAUAGACUACCAAAGAUUGAACAUAGAAAAAUUAUAGCCAUUUGUUUAGAAAUGCUGGAUAAUCCAUGUAUGUAUAUUGUAAUUUCCAUUUACUGCACAGUAAAUUUGAAGCAAUGCAAAAAAUGGUCAUGAAGGCAGAGACAGUAUUGCAAAGUUAAUAUAUUGCAGAUAUUUUUAUCUUUAUAAUAAAAUUUAUUGUAAGAGGUAA